CUUUUCCAAAGGCUUCUUCCCUGCAAAGGCAGGAGGUGCACGCAGAUCUUAGAAGUCUGUAAAAAACAAAAAUAAAAAUGGACCUAGGAGGCCAGCUGUGAUCGGCUUCGGAGAAACUGAGAGCCGACCCCUCUCGCUCACGCGUGGGGACGCACUCAGGUCUGAAAUUGGCCCCAGAGAGCAAGCCAGAAUUACACUUGCUGUGAGGGUCCCCCAGACUCCUUGAAGGACCAUUUGAUCCCCAAAACUCGCUGAAGGUGGCCAGAGUCUCUGGUCCAGAGAAAACUCCUGCCCCCCAUCCAGGAGGGGACACCCGGCCUGAGGCGCCUCCUGGGGAGGCAGCGGGCAGGUGGAGAGGAAGCUCUUUAGAUAAGGAGGUGCCCCGUGGAAAGCGCCCCGCCCGGGCUGUGCUGGGUCGCUGGGUCGGCUCCCUCCUCGGGGUCCCGGCUGUCGCCUUCGGAGCACGUGUCCUCCCCUGCGUCAGCGCUGGGUAAACAGAUGACUGGCUCCGCGCCGGGCGGGGCUAUUUAAGAGCCGGCCGCCCUCCCGCCCUGAACUUGCUGGCCUGCAGCCUGCGCCGCCGGAAACCCGGAGCGGAGUCCGCAUCCACAGUGCCUUCCCUCCCUCGGCGGCUGGAAAGGUUUCCCGGAGCCGGAGGCACCAGCGCUGGACCUGAGACCGUCUCGCCAUGAAGGGCAGCGUGCGUCUGUGCGUGCUGAUGGCAGUCCUGGCCGCGGGCGCCCUGGCGCAGCCGGUGGCCCGAGCAGCAGCCGCGGAGCCUGCGGGGCGGCGGGCGGAGGAGGCGCCCCGAAGGCAGCUGAGGGCCGUGCCCAGGACGGACGGCGAGCCGCGGGCACGCCUGGGCGCCCUGCUGGCGCGGUACAUCCAGCAGGUCCGCAAAGCUCCUUCUGGCCGUGUGUCCGUUCUUAAGAACCUGCAGAGCCUGGACCCCAGCCACAGGAUAAGCGACCGGGACUACAUGGGUUGGAUGGAUUUCGGCCGGCGCAGCGCCGAGGACUACGAGUACCCGUCGUAGUGUGCCAGCCCCUCAGCCCCGCUUGGAGGAGGCGGGAUGAGGAGACGGCCACGCCCCCUGUCUCUGCUGCUCCACUGUCUAUUUAUUCAGUUCCCCGCGUGAAACCUGUCUGUUCAGAGUGUGCAACACAGCCAUACACCUCAGCCCAGCCUCGCGGCCGGGGGCACUGUGCUCCUGCAGUGACUCCCAGGCCUAAUGUUGCAACGCUAUUAAAGAGAUUUCCUUCUGCCCCUCA